AUGGCCAACUGUGAGGUUACACACUUCAAUGAGAAAAACAGCAAGGAUUGUUUAAAUGAUAAUAUAUCGGGAAGUGUGGAUGAACAAAAGGGCCUGGUUGUCUUGUGCUGGUCCUUCGUAGGGAACCAACAGGAAGGUCGGCAGGAACUGUCCAUUGGUGAAGGAUGUGAAAGAAUGGGGACCAUCGUACAUGAAUUCCUUCAUGCCCUGGGAUUCUGGCAUGAGCAGUCGAGAGCUGAUCGUGAUGACUAUGUCAUUAUAGUCUGGGACAGGAUUGAAAAUGGUAAAGAGCACAAUUUCAAUAAAUAUAAUGACAAGGAAAGCAGUGAUCUCAACAUACCCUAUGACUACACCUCAGUGAUGCACUACAGUUCCACAGCAUUUAAUAAUGGCACUGAACCAACAAUCGUCACCAAGAUUGCAGAAUUCAGUAACAUGAUUGGACAACGGUUAGAUUUCAGCGAUUAUGACGUUCAGAAACUCAACCGACUCUACAACUGCACAUCCUCUCUUAGCUUUCUGGAUCAGUGCAGUUUUGAACUGGAAAGCAUCUGUGGCAUGAUUCACGGUCCAGGCAACAAGGUCAAUUGGCAACGUGUUACCCAAGCCCUGCCUGGGCCUGACCAAGACUACACCAACAUGGGCGACUGUGCAGGUAUCGGGUACUUCAUGCAUUUUAGCGCCAAUCAAGUCGGUGAGAGUGCUCUACUGAAAACUCGAAUCUAUUACCCUAAACGGGGCUUUCAGUGCUUGCAGUUUUACUCCUACAACAGUGGAAGUGUGAACGAUGAGCUGAACAUCUGGGUGAGGGUUUACGACGAAACUAACCCCAAUGGUACCUUAACAAAAGUCGCUGCAGUGAAAGGUGCAGAUCUGAAUUAUUGGCAGCUUCACCAUAUUAGCCUGGCUGUCUCCAAGAAAUUCCGUGUUGUGUUUGAAGGAGUGAAAGGGGCAGGCAGUUUGGCUGGAGGAAUCUCCAUCGAUGAUGUUAACCUCUCGGAAAUGCAUUGCCCCACCCAUGUGUGGCAUAUCAAGAACUUUACCCGCCUUUUAGACUCUAGUCCCUCGGGGAAGGAUGGCAUAAUUUACAGUCCGAGAUUGUACUCGAGCGAGGGGUAUGGAUUUCAGAUUGGCCUGUAUGUGAAUGGAACGAGCAGUAGUCCCUCUUACCUUGCUGUGUAUUUCCACUUGGUCAGUGGACCUAACGAUGACAACUUGCAGUGGCCAUGCCCAUGGAAGCAGUGCACAAUGUCAUUAAUGGAUCAACAUCCAGAUAUUAGACGGCGCAUGUCCCAUCAAAGAAGUGUCACCACGAACCCUGAAGAAGUCUACCAAUCAUCCUACUUUUGGGACAGACCUGACAAAGUAGGAGUUUUAGUAACAGAUACUGAUGGCACCAGGUACUAUCAGGGGCCUGGACGUGGGACCAAUGUAUUUUUAUCCCACGAGAGGUUGAAAAGCAGAGAGUUUAUCAAGGGAGAUGAUGUCUACUUCCUUUUGACCGUGGAAGAUGUAUCCCAUCUUGUUGGCCCUCAGCCAACACCAUCAGUGCCAACUCCAUCAGUACCCACGCACGUGGUGACACCCACUCCCGGUGGCACGACCACUCAGCCAGCGACUGGCUCCCCAGAUUUGUGCGCUGAUUUUAAAUGUGAAAACAAUGGCAUCUGCAUCAUAUCUGAUGGAGAACCCGUUUGCAGGUGUCGAACAGGUGAGGAUUGGUGGUAUUCUGGUCAAUACUGUCAGACCUACGGCAAACAGGAAGAUACUGUGAUGAUAGCAGCAGUCUCUUCUGUCGUCGUGUUUAUGGCCAUGCUGAUAGUAACCGUGGUCACUGUUUACCAUCUUAGACGGAAAUAUCGCAAGAAGGUGGAGAACAGUAAUCGAGAUCAAGGAACAAAUCUAACCAAUCAAACCCCGAUGUGAGAAAACAGUACGAAAUUGAUUCCUCAGGCACUGGGAAAACACAGAAAGAGUCAAGCGACAGUGAUGGAAAACAAAUCCUAAUCAAAUAGUGAAUGGUGCUUUUGCUUUGGGAAUAUUUCCCAUUCUGUUUGAAAAUUGGAUAAAAGGAACAUAGGUACUGGUUUUAAGAUGAAACUGAACAUUCAGCAAAGCAUCAAAAUUCUAAAUAAUAAUAAACAAUGAUGUAAGCUAGAAAAAAGCCCAAAUACCAAAAUAUUUCACACUCCAGUUCAUGGGCAUUUACGAAGUUACAUGAUUGUGUCUUCUUAAGUGCAUACAAGAUUUACCAACGUAUAUGAAGUCAAUGUUAGCUGUGAUUCUAUCCUGAUUCUCAACUCAUCAUGAAUUUUAUGUGAGAGUACAAUUACUGUGAUUGUCUGUGACCUACUGUGCAUUUAAUUGUGCCAACCAAUUUCAUAGAUACUUAUUAAAGCAGCAAUUGGCCCGUU